GGAGUGGCGUCCUGGCUCCCCCAGGGCGCACGCCGUCGGGGCCCCAGGCCAGGCUCCGAGGGGGGUUGGCGGGGAGGGGAGGCGGGAGCGACGGCGGGCGGUAGCGGGUGGGGGCGGGAAGGUCCGAAGGCGGCGGCCUGGGCCUGCAUGGGACGUGGGUCGGCCGCGAUCCAGCCCGGGCGGAGCCAGAGCUGCGAGCCACAGCCUAGGGGCCGAGGAGCUCACAGCUAUGGGCUGGAGACCCGGGAGAGCUCGGGGGUCCCCGUUCCUGCUGCUGCUACUGCUCCUGCAGCUCUGGCCAGUGUCUGGCGCCGGGGUGCUUCAAGGACAUAUCCCUGGGCAGCCAGUCACCCCCUACUGGGUCCUGGAUGGACGACCCUGGCGCGCCGUCAGCCUGGAGGAGCCGGUCUUGAAGCCAGACAUGGGGCUGGUGGCCCUGGACGCUGAAGGCCAGGAGCUCCUGCUUGAGCUGGAGAAGAACCACAGGCUGCUGGCCCCAGGAUACAUAGAAACCCACUACGGCCCAGAUGGGCAGCCAGUGGUGCUGGCCCCCAACCACAAGUGGCCUGAUCACCCUCAGCGGCAAUGCCAGCUAUUAUCUGCGUCCCUGGCCGCCCCGGGGCUCCAAGGACUUCUCAACCCACAAGAUCUUCCGGAUGGAGCAGCUGCUCACCUGGAAAGGAGCCUGUGGCCACAGAGAUCCUGGGGACAAAGCGGGCAUGGCCAGCCUUCCUGGGGCUCCCCAGAGCAGGGACAGGCGAGAAGCGCGCAGGACCCGGAGGUACCUGGAACUGUACAUUGUGGCAGACCACACCAUGGUGAGGAGAGACCCCAGGGGUUGGUGGGGUCUGGGAUGGGGCCAGCUCAGCACCUCAAGCCACCAGGAUUUCUGCCUUCCCAGUUCUUGACCCAGCAGCGAAACUUGAACCACACCAAACAGCGUCUCCUGGAAGUCGCCAACUACGUGGACCAGCUUCUCAGGACUCUGGACAUUCAGGUGGUGCUGACCGGUCUGGAAGUGUGGACCGAGCGGGACCGCAGCCGCGUCACGCAGGACGCCAACGCCACGCUCUGGGCCUUCCUGCAGUGGCGCCGGAGGCUGUGGGCGCAGCGGCCCCAUGACUCCGCGCAGCUGCUCACGGGCCGCGCCUUCCAGGGCGCCACAGUGGGCCUGGCGCCCGUCGAGGGCAUGUGCCACGCCGAGAGCUCGGGAGGCGUGAGCACGGUGAGCCCCGCGGGCGGGGGCGAGGGGAGACACGGUAGGCUCUACGGCCGCAGUGACAGCCCUCCCACGGUCCCCCAGGACCACUCGGAGCUCCCCAUUGGCGCCGCAGCCACCAUGGCCCAUGAGAUUGGCCACAGCCUCGGCCUCAGCCACGACCCCGACGGCUGCUGCGUGGAGGCUGCGGCCGAGUCCGGAGGCUGCGUCAUGGCUGCGGCCACCGGUAGGCACCCGUUCCCGCGCGUGUUCAGCGCCUGCAGCCGCCGCCAGCUGCGUGCCUUCUUCCGCAAGGGGGGCGGCGCGUGCCUCUCCAAUGCCCCGGACUCCGGACUCCCCGUGCUGCCGGCGCGCUGCGGGAAUGGCUUCGUGGAGGCGGGCGAGGAGUGUGACUGCGGCUCUGGCCAGGAGUGCCGCGACCUCUGCUGCUUUGCUCACAACUGCUCGCUGCGCCCGGGGGUCCAGUGCGCCCACGGGGACUGCUGCGCGCACUGCCUGCUGAAGCCGGCUGGAGCGCUGUGCCGCCAGGCCAUGGGCGACUGUGACCUCCCUGAGUUCUGCACGGGCAUCUCCUCCCACUGUCCCCCAGACGUUUACCUACUGGACGGCUCACCCUGUGCCAGGGGCAAUGGCUACUGCUGGGAAGGCGCAUGUCCCACGCUGGAGCAGCAGUGCCAGCAGCUCUGGGGGCCUGGCUCCCAUCCAGCCCCCGAGGCCUGUUUCCAGGUGGUGAACUCUGCGGGAGAUGCCCACGGGAACUGCGGCCAGGACAGCAAGGGCCACUUCCUGCCCUGUGCAGGGAGGGAUGCCCUGUGUGGGAAGCUACAGUGCCAGGGCGGAAAGCCCAGCCUGCUCACACCGCACAUGGUGCCAGUGGACUCCACCGUUCACCUAGAUGGCCAUGAAGUGACCUGUCGGGGAGUGUUGGCACUCCCUGGUGCCCAGCUGGACCUGCUUGACCUGGGCAUGGUAGAACCAGGCACCCAGUGUGGACCUAGAAUGGUGUGCCAGAGUAGGCGCUGUGAGAGCAUCGCCUUCCAGGAGCUGCAUCGCUGCCUGACUGCCUGCCACAGCCAUGGGGUUUGCAAUAGCAACCAUAACUGCCACUGUGCUCCAGGCUGGGCUCCACCCUUCUGUGACAACCCAGGCUUUGGUGGCAGCAUGGAUAGUGGCCCUGCGCAGCCUGAAAACCGUGACACCUUCCUGCUGGCCAUGCUCCUCAGCGUCCUGCUGCCUCUGCUCCCAGGGGCUGGCCUGGCCUGGUGUUGCUACCGACUCCCAGGAGCCCAUCUGCAGCGAUGCAGCUGGGGCUGCAGGAGGGACCCUGCGUGCAGUGGGCCCAAGGAUGGCCCAUACAGGGACCACCCCCUGGGCGGCGUUCACCUCAUGGAGUUGGGCCCCACAGCCACUGGACAGCCCUGCGCCCCGGGCCCCGAGAACUCUCAUGAGCCCAGCAGCCACCCUGAGAAGCCUGUGGCCCGAAGUCCCGCCUGACCCCCAAGCAGAUCAAGUCCAGAUGCCAAGAUCCUGCCUCUGGUGAGAGGUAGCUCCUGAAAUGAACAGAUUUAAAGACAGGUGGCCACUGACAGCCACUCCAGGAACUUGAACUCCAGGGGCAGAACUAGUGAAUCACUGGACCUCCAGCACCUUCAGGCAGCUUGGAAGUUUCUUCCCUGAGUGGAGCUUCAACCCACCCACUCCAAGAACCCAGAGCCACAUUAGAAGCUCCUGAGGGCAAGGGGACACUGCUGGGCACACUCUCCAGCUCAAUAAUCCAUCAGUCCCAGAAGCAAAGGUCACACAGCCCCUGACCUCCCUCACCAGUGGAGGCUGGGUAGUGCUGGCCACCUGAAAAGGGCUCUGUCCUGGGAGCCUGGUGCGUCUCCUACAUGCAAUUUCCACAGACCCAGCUCUGUGGAGGGCAUGACUGCUGGCCAGAAGCUAGAGGUCCUGGGGCCCUAUCGUUUGACUGAGUUCCCACUGCCCUGGAGCCUGGCCCCUGCAAACAAACACAAUCUUGGGGACCUUCCUUCCUGUUUCUUCCCACCUUGUCUUGUCCCCUAGGUGGUUCCUCAGCCUCCACCCACAAUCCCAGUGCGGCACCUGAAGUUCUGGAGCUCAGAGUCUGACAGCCUCUCCCCCAUUCUGUGUAUGGGAGGGGACAGAGGGAACCAUUUAAGAAAAGAUACCAAAGUAGAAGUCAGAAGAAAGACACGUUGGCUAAGUGUGGUGGCUCAUGCCUAUAAUCCCAGAACUUUGGGAGGCUGGGGUAGGAGGAUCACUAGAGACCAGGAGGUCCACACCAGCUGGGACAACAUAGCAAGACCCUGUAUCUACAAAAAAAUUUAACAUUAACUGGGCAUGGUGGUGUGUACCUGUAGGCCUCGCUGCUCAGGAGGCUGAAGCAGGAGGAUCGCUUGAGCCUGAGUUCAACAUUGCAGUGAGCUAUGAUGAAACCACUGCACUCCAGCCUGGGUGACAGAGCAAGACCCUGUCUCUAAAAUAAAUUUUAAAAAGACAUA